AUGUUGUGGAAAUUAGCCGACAACGUGAAAUAUGAGGAUGACUGUGAGGAAAGGCACGACGGCAACAGCAAUGGGAAUCCCCGUCUGCCUCACCUGCCAGCGGUCAGUCAGCACCUCUACAGCCCGUCUCCCGCCCUCUCACACUCGGCCAGUUCGGACUUCCAACCCCCGUACUUCCCUCCUCCCUAUCAGCCUAUCUCCUACCCGCAGUCCAGUGACCCUUACUCCCACCUGGGCGACCCUUUCAACAUUAACUCCAUACACCAGUCUCAGUCGUCGAACCAGCAGCAGCCGUGGCCCGGGCGGCAGGGCCAGGAUGGACUCGGCCACGGGAGGAGCGGGUUGGCCAGUCAGAUCUUGGGCCUGGAGGGAGGCUCGUCCGGGGUGAGGAGGGAAGGGUUCCGCCGGCCGGAGUUGCUGCCACCCCAUGCGCACAGCAUAGAGUCGUCGGUUAUUGGGGAUAACAUGGGGAUGCACGACAUGGGGCACGGGCUAGAGGAUGUUCAACAUGUAGAUGACCACAGUAUUAUUAUGGCAGAUCAGACAGUCAUCAAAAAAGUAUUAGGACUACGAGGUGGCAGGAACCUUGAUCGCUUACAGAGGACUUAUUAUCAGGGGGGCAUUCUUGCGGGUGAGGAUGAAGGGCCUGUCACUCUUCCCAAGGGCAACGCGCUGGGUCUUCCCUUUCAAAAAGAGUCCCUGCUGGGGAUGGUAUCAAACCCCACAGAGGUGUUCUGUUCUGUACCUGGUCGCCUUUCCUUGCUGAGCUCCACUUCAAAAUACAAGGUUACCGUGGCUGAGGUCCAGAGACGUCUGUCACCCCCAGAGUGCCUCAACGCAUCGCUCCUGGGAGGAGUUUUACGCAGAGCCAAGUCAAAAAAUGGAGGCCGUUCUCUGAGAGAAAAGCUGGAUAAAAUUGGGCUCAACUUGCCAGCAGGAAGAAGGAAGGCAGCCAAUGUCACUCUACUUACCUCACUUGUAGAAGGUGAAGCUGUUCAUUUAGCGAGAGACUUUGGCUACGUGUGUGAGACAGAGUUCCCUGCAAAGGCGAUUGCUGAAUACCUGGGCAGGCCGCACAUGGAACGCAAUGAGGUUAACUCUCGCAAGAACAUGCUCCUUGCUGCCAAGCAAAUCUGCAAGGAGUUCACUGACCUGCUUACUCAGGACCGCUCACCUCUGGGAAACUCUCGGCCGGCGCCCAUCCUGGAGCCUGGAAUCCAAGGCUGCCUGACCCACUUCAGCCUCAUCAGUCAUGGCUUUGGCUCUCCAGCCAUCUGUGCCGCCAUGACUUCGCUUCAAAACUACCUGAAUGAAGCGCUCAAACAAGUGGACAAGAUGUACCUGAGCUCUGGUAGCGACACCCAGGGAUCCUCAGACAGUGGGAGCAAAUCGACCGACAAAAUGGACAAGCACAGGAAAUGA